AUGGCCUCGACCUCCAGCAGUGCUGUCCAGGUGCUAAUGGGCAAGGGUAAACGCGGAGCAGCGGCCUAUAUCAUCAACCUGGCUAUUGGUCGGGACACCAGUGGUUGCCCGCCGUAUAUCAAUGAGGUGCUGGAUGUCCUGCUGAAUCCAAGCAAACCCAUCGAUGAUUGGGAGACCAUCGAUUGGUGCAAGUGGCUCAUGGCUGGUGGCCGAACACCCGACGAGUUCGCCAGUACAGUACGCACUUACGAUAAUGCUACCACGUGCGGUCUGGUGUGGACACCAAACUUUGUAGCGUAUCGCUGUCGUACGUGCGGCAUAUCUCCCUGUAUGUCUUUAUGUACCGAGUGUUUCAAGAAGGGAAAUCACUAUCAUCACGACUUCAACAUGUUCCUCAGCCAAGCAGGUGGUGCAUGUGAUUGUGGUGAUACAUCUGUGAUGAAAGAGACUGGAUUUUGUGAUAGGCAUGGGCCAAACGCGGCUGUAAAUAAAUCAGUUGCACCGUCUGAUCUGAUGCGCGUAGCCGAGGCAAUGAUGCCUAGAAUUAUUCUUCGACUUAUACAACAUUUACGUGAAAAUUGUAAAAUGGGAGUGCCUGAUCAAAGAAGUGCUAUACAUGAGGCAGACGCAUAUCUGACCAUGUUGCUCGACUUGAACAACAUGGGUGCAUUAAUGAGGCAUGUCAUGACAUCAGCUCUCACGAAUCCGCAAAAGUACCGAGGUCUCAUGGAUCCCUCUGUCUUAACCGGACAAUCGGAAUAUGAUAGCUACUGCCAAGAUAGUAAUAAAAUAUAUCAACAUGCUGUAAAAUCGCUUCCAAAUCCCGAACCUCCAGAUGAAUACAAAGAAUGUGUAUCGCUUCAAGAGCACUUAGAACACACGACUUUCUUAGAAGAACUGAUGUUCUGGACCGUCGCUUAUGAGUUUCCGCAGAAAUUGGUCUGUCUGCUUUUGAACAUGUUGCCGGAUCCCGAUUACAAGGAAGCUUUAACUCGUGCCUUUGUCUUGCACUACAGCAGAAUCUCGAUGAUGCUCGAACGUUCAAUGGAUCCUGAUACAUUGAGCAAUAGAGUUGUGCACGUUAGCGUACAGCUUUUUAGUAACGAGAAACUAGCGUUAAGAAUGGUUGAUCAAUUGAAGUUAUUACAUGUUAUGGUUAUUAGUUUGAAAUACAUGAUGAGCAAAAUACUCAUUCAGAACACUUUGCACGAUCCAGAUAAAAAUUUCCAUUAUGUUGUGGACUGCGGACGUCAAGUGAUGAAAGAGCAUUGUUACUGGCCAUUGGUAUCCGAUUUGAACAAUGUGCUCUCGCAUAAACCAGUCGCUGUUAAAUUCAUGAGCGAUAAUACUCUCUUGGAAAUGUGGUUCGACUUUCUAUCUAUGUUUCAAGGCAUGAAUGUUAAUCAGAGAGAACUAAGUCAGCAUGUCGAAUUUGAGCCCAAUACAUAUUAUGCGGCGUUCAGUGCUGAGCUGGAAGCUAGCGCAUAUCCGAUGUGGGCUCUUGUGUCGCAUCUUCGUGGACCUGAGAGUGCAGCAUUAAGUCGACGAGUGCUUACUUUCUGCCUCACAGCUUUGCAAGAUUGGCUCGAUUCCGUAAAUUAUACAGAUCCGAAUGUGAGUGAUAGUUUGCAAGUGUCGUUUCAUCUACCGCUUCAUCGAUACCUCGCAGUGUUUAUGUGCCAGGCAAUCAGACAGCAGGGAGCAACUCUGCGCGAAUUAUUGCCACCCACAGAUAUGUUGCAUCUUCUCAUGAUGCAUCCAUUGCGUGUUCAGGUGGCUUUCUACGAGAUUUUAAAUGGAUUAUGGGUUCGUAAUGGAUUGCAAAUAAAGGGCCAAGCAAUGACCUAUAUACAGUGUAAUUUUUGCAACUCCAUGGUGGACGCGGAUUUAUAUCUGCUGCAAAUCUGCGCUACAAAAUUAAUGCCAGAUGUCUUUCUGAAAACUGUUAUCGAAAAAUUUCAUGUGCUGGAGUGGAUGAGUUUAUGCCUGUAUCAUGCCCCACAAAAUGAAUACCUUGAGGGCGAACAUGAUACUCCAAUGUUGGAAAGUUGUCUAACAUUUUUGGCUACGUUAGUCAACGUCAGAACAAAUCUUGGUUUAUCGGAUCCCGAAAUGUCUCGUCUUGAAAUGGUGACUUUACUAUGUAUGGGUGAUAAGACACAUAGCCAAUUGAUGGAACUAAUGCCGGAACGCUGUGGAACUACUCAGAAUAGAGACUUUGAAUCUGUUCUAGCUGAUGUAGCGCAAUAUAGAGCUCCAAAUCUCGAGGCAAGUGGCAAUAUGCAACAGGGUAUGUAUGGACCAAAGGCUCGCGUAUGGGAAGAAUUAUUUGAUCCCUUACAUGUACUGUUGAGAGCAGUUCAUAGGAGAGAUUUCCAAGUAUCUAUGGAUCGUUUCACAGAAUACGUAAAGCAAUCGGGCAAGUUGAAAAAUAGUGCAACUCUUUGGCCACCAUUUAGACAACCGGCUCCGGUUUCGUCGGACUAUGACGAUCCUCGUAUAGUCCUACGUUCUAGAGUUUUUCAUGCUAUGAUCUUAAUAAUACUCUAUAAGGCUGUGAAUGGGCGUAACAUAUCAGAACAUGUUAUGGCACUGGCUAUUUAUCUUCUAGAAAUGGCAGUUAUUACUACGGAACCGCCGGAUAAAUCUGGGAGUCCUUUAUGUCAAUACACCGGUGGCACCUUUCACGUAAUAAAGGACAUGGAUUUGGCUGGAUGGUACGAAAGUGACAGUUUGUCUGAAAAUCUGAGAACAACGAUACCUCAAGUGAUUCUAGUCCAAGAGUCGGAGCAUAGCAGCUCAGACAGCGAAUUCGAGUGGGAGAUGAUUCAGGGAGAGAUGAGCGAAGUGGCGACAUCUUUAAUGUUGAAUGACGGUGUGGAUGAUGGCGCGGAGGAAGUUUCUUUGGAACUGUUAGGAUUUUCUGUAGACACCGUUAGAGAUGACAAUGGUGUGUCAAGUGCGAGUGCAUCAUCUUUGCCGGCUUUACUACCGUCAGUCGAGAGUGCUACAUCUCUGCCAGCAUUACCAUCAACAAGUGUGGAAUAUGGUGUAGCAAUUAUACCUGAAGACGGAAUUGUCGCCAUACCAGCUCGUAGUAAUAGUGAGGAUGACUUAACGAUACCUUUGCAACGAGCUUUGCCACCAUCUGGCGAAGAAUCGAUAGCAAUCCAUCUAGCAAUUGAAUCGCCCCCUUCGCCAAAUAAUGAUGUCGGCGGCCAGCCAGCAUUACCACCUGUUCCUCAACGCCCAGCAGUUAUGGCCGGCAAUGAAAUAGUCACAGCACAACCUGUUAAUUAUAGGGCUACAGAAAUUGUUCCAUCCACGUCAAAUUCUUACAAACAUUUUAAGAGAAGAGACAUACAAGGUGGACCAAUGCAACCGCAAUCUGUAAGAGUAGGAGAGAGCAUAAUCUCUUUGCUAUUAAAAUUACAUUCUCAAUUAUCGGGUGUACCAGACAGCUACAACCCCGAACAAAGUGCAAUGUCAGACAAUGAAAUCAGUAGCAGCAGCAGUAGCAGCAGCAUUAGUAGUAGCAGCUCUUUCAUAUCAUUAUUACCUAGUGAAUCGCGAAUCGGUGAUGGACCAUUCUUCAUCUCGCAGCUACUUAGAAAAAUCGCGGAUUUAGAUCCUAUGUGUAAACAAACGAUUAUUGAGACUAGGGAUAAAUUAUGGCCUCGUAUGCAAGAAUGCGAGGAAGAUGAGCAGCGCGAAAAGGAGAAUCGUGAGCGAGAGGAACGACGAAAAAGAGCGAAGGAAAGGCAACAGAAGCUGAUGGCAGAAUUCGCUGAUAAACAAAAACAAUUUAUGGAGAAAGCAAUGGAAACCGAAGACACAGAUACAUCUAGGAUGGACUGGGAUCACGAGGAAAAUGCGACUAAAUUGACUAGUAAAAAGGACUAUGACUGUGUGAUAUGCAAUCAAACCACUCCCAGCAGUGAGGACAAACCGAUGGGACUCGUUGUAUUAGUUCAAGCCACUAGCAUUAUCGGCCACGAACGACAACAAUCGGAUAGGCUAGUUCUUCCCACGUCCGAUGAAGAUCCGCCUAUACCCAAAGGAGAUACUCGAGGUGCCCAUUUUGACCGCAGAAUGGAUGAGAUGAAUCGUUUAUUUGACACAUUGUCUUGGCUGCUCUCGGUUAAUCUAGGGUGGGAAGGUGGUGUUCAUGUGCAAACGUGUGGUCAUCAUCUACACCUCGACUGUUUAAAAUCUUAUCUAGAGUCCCUUCGUAGUCAACAACGGCAGCAAAGUCUAGCGGUGGAACGGGGCGAAUACCUGUGUCCACUGUGCCGACAAUUAGCCAAUUCCGUUUUACCACUGUCGCCGCAAUUGGGUGAAUGCUCGGCGGUGGUACGAUCUCGUCAUGCUUCUACAGCGACUAUACUCGCGGAUCUAAAUACCUUUCUCAAAGAGAUACAACGAAAUCCUGUGUCUUCGAACUUAGCUGUGGCAAUGGGAAAAGCCAUGGAAGAUAUGACGAGUUGCACAUAUCUAAAGUAUAAGCAAAAGAACUGUAAACCUAGUCACCAAAGCUUGUUCCUUUUUGUAACUUCGGUAGCUCGAACUAAUUUUGAGAUUGAACUCGUACAACGCGGCGGUUCGUUGUGCGUUCCAUCACCUGCUACAAUACCUCUGAUGCCUAAACGCGAUUGUAUAGUUGCACUUCUUCAUGUUUUGGCGAUGCAUGCUCGAGUACUGACCACGUGGCCUGUGCAUCAUGUAUGGCAACAACUGUCUGGCAUAUCGCUGAUGGAAGAAUCAACAUCCUCGCUUGCUUUGACACCACAUGAGAGACAGGUUCCUUUGCUUCUACGAGACCCGACCGCUAUGCUCAUUCAAUUCAUACUGCUGUUGCCGUUACAUUUAGAUCAAACAUACUUUUCUAGCGUGGUAAAAGUCCUUUACAAUUUGUUGUACUAUCAAGUAAUACUACAAGUAAGUUGUAACUUCUCACGAGAAGAGCGAAACAUGAUCCUAAAGAAAAGAUGCAGCUGCGCCACUACGCCCUCGGAGACUAUACUGGCCGAGAUUAUUGAGUAUUUCAGCGAAAGUGGACUCUAUCCUGGCACGGACGAUGAUAAACCGUCUACUUCAACAUCUCCCACUUAUGCCAGAGUGAAAUCACACUGCAUCGAGCAGCAAAUUCAGUCCUUAUGCUUGCCGUUUCUACGAGUGGCCGCACUACUGCGUUAUCAUCUGUACGAGCAGCCACUGCCAUUGAUCAGAAUACAGCAGAGCGAGUUUGUGAGAUUAGUGUAUUAUUUGGAGCUAGUCACGGAAGGCAUGAGCUGGGACAGCUUUGAUUCCACGGUAGCGCUAAAUUGGCAGGAACCAGAAGCGGGCGUGUCAGUGCCGCUCUUCUGGUGUGAUCAGUUGAUCGCAUUUCUCGCUAAUUGGCGUGGUCACCAACCGGCUCGGAAUCUGAUAAUGGAACAACAUAUAUCGUGGCAUGUGCCGAAACUGCUUAGUCUUCCAAGGGAAUACGAGAAGAUCUUCACUUAUUAUCACGAGCGACAGUGCAGCAUGUGUCAUUCUGUACCGCAAGAGAUCAGCAUCUGUUUAUUGUGCGGUACUAUCGUCUGCCUCAAACAGAAUUGUUGUAGACAAAUGAAUGUGUUUGAAGCUAUUCAGCAUUCAAUCGACUGUGGCGGUGGGACUGGCAUCUACCUCGUAGUGACUUCAACUUAUAUUAUCGUGAUACGCGGUCGGCGAGCGUGUUUAUGGGGAUCUUUGUAUCUUGAUGACUUUGAAGAAGAAGAUAGAGAUCUAAAACGUGGCAAGCCCUUAUAUCUUAGCCAGGACAGAUAUCAGCUUUUGGAACAACAAUGGCUAGCACACAGAUUCGACCAUACGAAAAAAACAUGGGUAUGGCAUCGCGAUGCUCUGUGACCCAUCACGAUGUUAUCACAUGUCGCUCGUCGCAUCUAAUCUCAGAAUUGAAGAAGACUCUCCUUUCUUUCCUUUCUUCCUCUCUCUAUCUCAUUCCCGCGACUCCUACAAAUUAUUCUCACACAAAAUGCCUCGCCCUUUCGCAAUAAUGCCCACGCUUUAGAGACUAAGGGAGAUAGAUCGUUCUUCAACAGAUAUUAUAUAUUUAUUAUGUAAU